AUUAGUUAGAAGCGUACCACUGCACGAAGAGAGAGGUACGAUCGGGAGGGAAACUCUCAUGGCCAUACACCUAUCAUCUCCUUUUCGUGACAUCCUACUGUGUAUAUAUAACCAACAACGAUCAUGUUAGUUCCACAAGCAAAUUAAACCUAUCAUCAUCUUCUCCGAUCCAUCAACAAUCGCCGAGAGCGAUCGAGAGAUAAAUAAAGAUGAAGAAAGUGGCAUCAUCGUCAGCCGUUCUCUUCGUGCUAGCCCUGACGCUAGUUUGUGCCCCGCUGAUAGCAGAGGCAAAGAAGAAGAGAGUCGCCGCCGCCGCCGCCGAGGAGAAGAAGGUGCAGGACAACUUCUGCUCGACGCUGUGCGAGGGCAGGAAGGGGAUGGACCUGGUGGUGUGCAAGGAGUCCUGCGACCUCUCACAGCGCUCCAACCUGGUGCUGUACGGCCGGAUCCAGUGCAAGGGCAAGUGCACCGAGCAGAAGGGCAUCACCGCGCCGCAGAUGAAGGUGUGCCAAGAGGCGUGCGACAAGGACUACGUGGUCAAGGCGGCUGAGGUCACCAAGGCCUGCAACACCACCUGCGCCAAGGAGAAGCAGCCUCUGCUCAGCGAGAACUGCAGGAGGUCCUGCACCCCUCCUCCUUCCUGAACGCAGAGCACGCCCGCCGGUCGUCGUCUUCUGCCUGCUUGCGUGACACUGAAUCACUGAUACAUCAUACAUGCAUGCAUGGGAUGCGAUGACGAUUUGAUGCAUGCAUGCAUGGGUAUACCUACCAAUUUGAUGACCGACGAUGUAUAGUUUCGUCGACUGCUUCAUACACAUAUAUAGCAGCCCAAUUAAUGUAACGUCACGCAAAUAAGCAUUUGCGGUAAUUUUUUGUCUCGUUGAUUCGAUGAAUAAAGGGCAUGCUUGAGAGUAAAGUAUUUUUAGUUUCUAGGUGAUACCGUGGUUUAAAGUAAUAUUAGAGCAUUUUAGGCGUUCGGUUCCUUUUCUAAAAGGAAAUUAUGAUUUCAAAAUCAUGUUAUUCUAAA